GCUUGUUGUUGCUGAACUUGACGGUCCAGUCAGAAUACGGCCUGCAGGUUAUUCCUGGAAAGCGCUUAAUACAUAAACCUGCUCCGUAUACGACGGCGCGAUCGAGUGAUGAGAGUUGCAAAUCAGGGAAUAGCUUCUCUCAAAAUAACAGAUCACAGUCAAUAAGUCAGCGGUCAUUUCGGUGUAUCAAAGUCCCCACCCCAACAAUGAGAGUCGAGAGCAAGGCACGAUGACUUGAAGGCAGCAUAUAUGCUUGACUUGAGUAAAUGGAUUAUCGCAUACGGCGACUGCCUUCUUUCGACUAGCGGACUUGUGUCAUUGGACCUGCAUUAAUACGAUCGUGCCUUGCCUCGUCCAACCAACAAUAACCAGUGUCUCGGUAUCUGGCCCCGCCUGCACAGGUUGAUGGAAUACCUGCAAGGAUGAACCCAAGGCGUCACAUCUGAAUAUACUCAUCCAUUGUGAUAUUCUGAACCAUUGAGAAAAGGAACGAACAUAUUCUCACAUGCAUUGUGACAGGAGAAUACGGCGGCUACCAAUUGAAAUAGCAAAUGGAAUCGCCGUCUGCUACCACUUGAUAUAGCUAAGCCGUCGAGGCGAAACCGAAGAUUUAUUGACUAGCCUCUAAAAUUUGCAACCUGGGAGUCUCGAAUGCAAAUCGAUCUUGUUCAAAAAGACACUUUCAGCUGAUUCGAUCCCAACUCCGCCGAUUUUGAGUUGUUUGCUCGGCCCACGGACCAUGCAAGCUUGGAUUAUGCUAGCUUCGAAAAAUGCACAAUUCCUAUUUUGUGCAGUCUUCCGAUAAGGUUAUUCUCGCAUUUCUGGGUUGGCACAAAAUACUGGAUUCCUCUCCAUACAUGACAUACUGCACGGCGGUAGUUAUGGACUUGCCCCUUUUGUCGACGUCCAUACUAAUAAGCCUCUCGCUCUUCCGUCCGGUCUGCCCUUGGUCAAAAGCGACCUGUGGGUCAUAUCAACCUCCUUCAUAAAAGGGCCGCGAAGCAAUUCGCAACACGAUUUGCUCCUAGAAUUCCGAGAUCGAUACGUACUUGAACACCAAUGCACGAGAUCGAUGAUGAAAGUCUGAAACUCAUCGAGGCAGCGAAUGGGAUAGCCAAGUCGCAAGAAAUACCAGCAUUCGAUUUUGGUCCGGCUGUGAAAAAGAAAGCACAAUACUCCGUAAUUGACGCGAUUAAAGCAAGGAAUAUGGCAGCGGGUCGAUUCGCCAACCAGCCCCUAACUUACUGCAUCAUAGCUCCAAACAGGCUCCAGGACUCUUCUGGCAAGGCGGACUUUGGCUUUGCCUGCGGCCAGCUAUAGAGGGGCUUGAGCACCUCUCUGAUCUCGGCAUGCAUCUCUGAUGAACAGGCCUGUCCCUACUAAACCGUCAUCCAGCUUCAUCAUGGCUGCCAAGAGAUAUGUCGACCCGUUGCAUUGUUGAACCCUCCGUUGCUUCGAGGAUACUCGAUGCUAUAACCCCAUGGAGAUUGAUUUAAAUAAGGGACCUGUGGAUAAUCAUCUUGGAUUAUCGCUAGCAUGACAUCCUUGACGAUUCAACUUCAACGCUUGGUGUUCUGCUUUGAUGCUCCACGAUCAAUCUUCCGAGCCGGAUUAUAGGAUUGUUCCAGCCGGUCGGGACUGUCGGCUUUUACAGGCGACACUGAGCCUGCGUAAUAAGUCCGUCUCGUCUCGAGCAUGCCGAAAUGCAGGCGCAUUGACGGCUAGUUUGACUGUUGACACAGUGAAGCCUGUGCCAUGGCCACAAACGUUAUGGCCUCUUUAUUCAUAUGGGAAUGUUGAAACUCAAGUGAUUGGGCUGCAGUUUCUUCAGACAUUGAGGAGUUCCUGGGCUCAACGUGGCUUUCGUUCCGAACCAUCCGCCAAGACCGUUUUUGUGCCUCGUCGGAUGUUUUCUAGUCUUUCGACGAUAUGGAAGAGAAGACAUGCAAGUCACAUCCAUCCUGGCCGAUUUUCUAUCUGUUAAGGAUUCUAGUCGCGAACAGAGAACAUAGACACAAGACCAGACAUACGACACCGGAGUAUCUGGAUAAAUCGAUCUAUAUGUUUGAGAACUACAGAGUAUCUGAUACUGAAAUGACCUGCGCUAGGGUUAGUGAGGCUGGCUAAUGCAUAUGGUCUCUCUCCGCCAGCAACAUGCCCAUAUACGCAUCUGUAUAUGCGGCUUGCAUUACACGAUAUGGAAGUUAUAUCCUCACGAUAAAACCCCCCUUCGGCUGCAUAAAUCUAUCAAUAAUCAAGCUGCGUAUGUAUUUGUCACCGUUCGCUGGCAUGCGGCCCGUGGAUCCCCAGUCUUAUCCAGCAUUGAGAAUGGGAGAUUGUCUGAUAAGUCUUGGGAGACUAUUUUUGGAAGACUCAAUCUUAAAAACUCACCAGCUAUUGGUGGUGGCCGCUUUCACCUCCCUCAAUCGACUUUCCAAUUUCGUGUCUCUGCCUGCACGCGACUGUGAUAAUGGAGAUUGGGUCGACAACUGCGCCGCGACCAUGACCAAGAAUCAGAAUUGUUCUUCAAGCCCAUUCAUUGCCAGCCUCUUGUCGGAUCAUCAUCAUCAUUCUUGGAGAGAUGAAGUAUCUCUGGGCUUUGCCAGCAAUGCAUUGUAAUACAAUGGCACCCUCAGCCCGUGCUAUCUCCCCGCCCUGCAUUAUUUGUCUGGUGGCAGUGGAAACACGAGCUCCGUCAUACCAGUUGGUGACAAGUGUCAGAGACACUGUGUCUCACUUCCCUGUGGAGUCUGGGCACGAUUUCGUGAUAUCGAGAUGAUACAUACAUACACACAUACAAGACUAUCGAUUCUAUGGAUUUCGAUUUUCUAUAGCCAAUUCUCCCUAACCGUCAUAUUCACUUCAUUUAUGACUCUCAAUGCUUUCCUCUGUUCCUGUAAACAUCAACUGACCUGAUGAUCAUUCUGGUAUAACGCCAUGUCAUUCAUUCCAGCUUCCCUCUCAACAAGGAGGCCAUUACCAACCGGUCCUUGUUUCAAGGGAGUCGAGCUGACUUGCGCUUGAACAUCCUUCUGUAGCAUGGGUUUCGAAUCGGACUGUGGCUUCAGACUCUUCCUUUUGCUUUGUCUGCAGCACCCAAAGAUUCUAGACAAGCGUCAGACUCGUGCGUGUUUCUGGUCAGUCACAGGAAACAGUGGCUUAGGCACUCACGCAAAAAAUAUCAACAGCAGUCCGCCAGCAAGCCCCGAGCCCACCCCGGCGCCUAUCCUUUGUCGCGAGCUCAAAUCUACUUUGCGGUUAACAAGAAUAUCGAGAGAGUCUAUAUCAAGUGAUGCACUGACCAGAUUCGGUCCCGAGGUUUGGCCUGUCGCCGGUCGUUGGUCUAGGACUUCCUUUGCCGUCUGUUCUUGUGGGCUCGAUUGUUGGUUCCACAACACUGGUAAACGGACCGCUAGAAGUUGUAUCUGCAACGACCGUCGCGGUUGUCCUUGCCGUGGCACAGAAAUACGAUUCUGCAUAGAGAUGUGGCCAUGUGUAGGUUGCACAUGCAGAAAGCGAACCGUCGGUGCUGUAUCUGCUUAAACAUAGCCUUCUGAAUCCAGCAUCACUGAGCCUACCAUUGAACGGUGUUACUGUUCAGUGCUGUGCCUGACUCAAUACAUGUCGUUGCGAUUGCACAUCUCUCAUCGCCACAACAUCCAGCAUAGGCAUUUUCGUGGCCAGAUAUAAACAAGAACCCGCAUGCUCUAGACGUGCAUUCGAUUGCACGAUCGGAAUCUGGACAAGGUCUCUCAUUAGUUGAUGGCUUACACGUAGUGAUGACAACCCUACCUCCAUCGAUGUACCCGCAAGUUUCUGAAGGCCUAAGACUACUGGUUUGUGAUGUGACCAGCGCAGCAAGACUGAAGCCAAAGGUGAAUAGAAAAUUGGAUCUCGACAUCUUCAGGGAACCGGUAUCAUUACAAUGGGCUCCUGUACACUUGAAUCGGUUCACGUCUCUGUUGAUGGGUAAGAAUGUCUCGAGGCUCGUUACAGCAGCCAGCCUUAUAUGAGAGCCGACACUGUGCAACGAGGCUCGGCACUCGGUCUGUCCAUUUCAAGCCAGCAACAUGAACUAUCGAGACUACCUGCGCUGAUAGUCUUUUCAUUUGUUGCUAUUGAAUCUUGGCUGCGCCCAGAAUACGCCUUCAGCCGCAGCUGAGUAUUAUUGGGGGAGGGGGGCGGUCUUGUUAUCACUUGAGACAAAAUCGGGCUGAAGUCAGUGAGCGACAUUGAACCUCCCAACGGUAUGUUCGUGUUCGUCGUAAUCAUCACCUAGCAUCAGUCAAAAUGUCGAGUCCCAGCAUCGAUUGCUCGCAAUGGACAGAAUUAAACGAUUUCAGCGAAUACAUUCAGGACCUCGACUCCAAAACGCAAUUUAAUAAGAGCAUACUAGAGUCUUGUAAGAGCGAGAUAUGCAACGCCAUCUACGGCACAGGAAAUCCUGACAUUUCUGGCAUUGGGGUUUGUCUCAAUGAUCCUCCAUACAAGAUGUAUAGCAGCUGAUGUUCCGCGACAGGUUGCUGUUGGUUAUGUUCUCGAGAUCAUAUUGAGCAUAUUACUGUCUCUGGCAGUCAUAAUGUUCAAGCAAAGUGGCAAGAAUAGCCAAAGGCAUGAAGUUGCAAAAGCUGGCCUCGAAGCAUUUGUCGACUCUGCUGCAUAUUUUGCACUGGCAUUACAGCUGGCUACAAUCGCUGUACUUGCUCGCAAGGACUAUGGUAUCAGCACCGCGGACUUGGGCGCUAUCGAAGCUCGAAUAUCCCAAUCUGUUGCCGUCGUUAGCAUGAUGCCGCUUCUAUACCCCGUUGCUCUGUUGGAGCCAGCUGCGAAAAGCAGCACGAGAGCCAAUAUUAAACACAACGCAAGACUGCUGCUCCUCAGUGUAACUGUUGCACUGUCAUUCUAUCCCUUCUUAUCGAGGUGCAUUCAUGCCUUUGAUAUAAGCCCCAUCGGUGAGGGCAAGGACUCAGAGAUAUCGCCUACAGACUGGAGUGUCGUUGAGGAUAUGUGCUUUCCGGCAGAGUAUAGGGAUAUUGGGCGAUCGACAACUUUCAAAUCUCUGAAUGGCUUAGAAUUGACUGCGUCCCUGAUUACAUACAUAUUCACGUUCUGGCUCCUUGCUGGCCUGCCUGGCACAUGCUACGACCGAGACGAGAAGGCAAAGGAUACCAAAGAAGCAGAAGGCAAGACCUCUUGGCGUGAGCAUGUCAAUGAGUGGUUCAGUGAUAGGCCACUUGUUGCUAUUCUUCCGCUUCUUGUGUUUGUUGGGCUGACUAUACCGCUGCUGGUGGUGAUCUUCACCCUUAGGAACGUCCAGGAGCAAAUGUCGGAGAGCAUGGGAGAAAAGUACGAUGGGAAUUACUGGGGAUUUGGACAGAUAGUGUCUAUCAUACUGUUUAUCCCUGUUGGAGUCGAAAUGGCAUACCGGUGGCGGUUUGGGGCGUCAUAUGUGUAUGGAAGGGAUGGGCAAGAUAGGGGCGAGUCAUAAUGUCUAUUUCUUGAAUCUAAGGUGUCACAUUCCAUUCUUUAUAGUUGACUGCAUGAACCCAAUCCGAGAAAUUCUUUCCUGGCCGACAUGCAUCAAAGUAUUCCAGCCGAGUAACGGAUAUCUUGCUCAGUGGCGUCGAGACGAAGCGGUGC